AUGAUAAAACCAACCUCCUUCCGGCUACUGCUCUUGGUCGCAAUAUUCUUCUCGCCUGUAUUUGCAGGCCUGAAUGUUUUAACGUCUUAUCCACCAGGAGACGUCUUCAGCUUCAGUAAUCAACCACAUAAUCAGUAUCUUGCUGAAUCCCAAAUUGCAUUUUCAACACUCAUCGACCCUCCGCUGCCUGAAGAUUUCACAUCGAAUCUUGAACCCGCAACAAGUUUGUGGUUAGAUGGUCUGAUCACUGUUGAGUCUCUUAAACGGAAAUUCAAUCUCUAUUCUACUGUGGACGACGUAUGGAAUCCCAACUUCGCCCAAAAUCUCUUCAUAUCUGUUCACAGCCAAACCCGACGGACAGUAGAAUUGGUGCCGGAGGUGUAUGAUUGGUUGAAAUCACAAGGAGUUUCGCGAAUUUUCCUUCCAAAAUCGAUUAAACGACCGUCGCGGGAUGUCAUUUCAUCCCACACAAUUUCCGAAACAAUUUUUCCAGGUCCCUUUGUUCUCUCGGCACAUGAGCAAUCUUCUUCGGAAGUGCUGCUUCACAAUGUGUACAAGUUGUACCUGGAUGAAUAUGAAGCCUUUCUGUUUGGUGCAAUACCUGACCUUGCGGGAGGCGGAUGGAUUCUUACUAAUAUCACCAGUAACCUUCUUUCAGACGACGGUGUCUCAAAUACGCAGCUCAUCCCUGUUCCUUCACGGGUGAGAAUGGUGGACUCUAAAAGUCCUCUUGCUGGUACCCGCUUCGGGUUGAAAGACAUAUUUGAUGCGCAAGGAUUGCCUACAGCGGCUGGGUCAAUAGCAUACGCACAAACACACCCCAUUCCAAACGAAACUGCACCAUCUAUCACCAAGCUUCUGGCGCUCGGCGCGACGAUGGUCGGCAAAACGCGAACAUCGCAAUUCGCGCAUGGCGCAAAUCCAUGGGAAUUUGUUGACGUGCCAUAUUCAUGGAAUCCACGCGGGGACGGGCAUUUGACUGCGUCUGCUUCAAGCUCGGGCAGCGCAUGCGCCAUCGCCGGCUAUAACUGGUUAGAGUUCACUGUCGGGAGCGAUACAAGAGGGAGUGUCAGGAAACCAGCCGCGCUCACGGGCGUGUAUGGCAUCCGACCGUCUCAUGGAAGCCUAGAUCUAUCAGGAGUAGUACCUCUUUCAGAAGAAAUGGAUACGGCUGGCUUUUUUGCACGUCAUCCACUCAUAUUUUACGAGAUCGCAACUCGGUGGUACGGUGUUCCCCUUACUACUUAUAUAAUAAUUGUAUUGACUCAAGGAUACAGGUAUGUGGAUUCACCGGUGGCGAGUAAUCAAGCUAUUUCACGCUUUCCUUCGAAGUUGUUAUAUCCGAUAGAUCAUUACCCUGUUAAAAGCAAAAGCGGUCAAAUUCUGGUAGACGGUUUUAUUUCGACCUUGACCCGGCUCCUCGGCAUCAAUGUAAUGCCUGUCAACUUUACGGAAGUCCUAAUACCAUACUUUCCUAAUGGCAGUUUUCCUGCCUUCCAGCAGGCAUCGAAUAAAUUGGCCGAAUACCGAUCCUGGGUGGAUGUUGGUAGCCCAACGACACAAGAAUUUUUGUUGCGAUUUGGGAGCUUGCCUGUCUUUGACCCUAUCCCGCAGAAAAUGUUCGCCCGUGCUAAGCAAAUCACAGCGGACGACUUUGCCAAGGCCGUGGCGCUCAAGCGCGCGUUCAGCGACGCUCUUGCAAAAGACAUUUUCAAGUAUGACGAGGAGUCGUGUUCGGACUCGAUAUUUAUGUACGACGCGGCUACAGGUGGAGUUCCAUCUUACCGUGUUGAAGAUUUCAAUCACCUUGCCGGGGCGACGCCGUUCUUACUGACUGCAGCUGGCGGUGACAACCCGGCCUCUGCUGCGUCUGAUUUCUUCAACUUUCUUGCCUCGAUGGGCGAAUUACCUGAAGUGACCGUGCCCAUCGGCCAGGUGGAUUAUUUUAGCCCUUUAAGCAGGACGUGGGAGCCCAUCCCUAUUGCAGUACAGUUGGUAUCGCGCAAGGGCUGUGAUAAGAUGCUUUUGGAACUUGUUCGACAACUGGCUGAGGCGGGGGUGGUGCGGCCUGUACAGGUGGGGCGAUCAAUUUUCUGA